GCUCGGCGUAGCAGGGAAUGGGUCGAGCUCAGCUCCACUUACCUAUAGCCCGGUAUCCGACACAGACAUGCUCUGUCAACGUUAGCUGCGUUGUAUUCGUUUAAGUGGACCAGUCGGCGUGGACGAAGUGCUCGUCUGUUCCCUUCCCGUAGUUUUAAAAAAGCUCAAAACGACAUGAUGCGGUUCAUGCUGCUUUUUAGCCGACAGGGGAAGCUGCGACUGCAGAAGUGGUACACAGCCACCGCUGAGCGCGACAAGAAGAAGAUGGUGAGGGAGCUGAUGCAGAUAGUGCUCGCCCGCAAACCAAAGAUGUGCAGCUUCCUGGAGUGGAGGGACCUCAAGAUUGUCUAUAAAAGGUACGCCAGCCUGUAUUUCUGUUGUGCAAUUGAAGAGCAGGAUAAUGAGCUGAUCACACUUGAAGUCAUCCACCGCUUCGUAGAGCUUCUGGAUAAGUACUUUGGCAGUGUGUGUGAACUGGACAUCAUCUUUAACUUUGAGAAAGCCUACUUCAUUCUAGAUGAGUUCCUGAUGGGAGGAGAGAUACAGGAUACGUCUAAGAAGAGCGUCCUCAAAGCCAUUGAACAAGCCGACCUUCUUCAGGAGGAGGACGAGUCUCCCAGGAGUGUGCUGGAGGAGAUGGGCUUGGCGUAGUACACAGCAGGCUUGUGAGAGACUUUAGAUACUAAAGGAUGAGAGGGGGGGGCGGGGCAGAAUCUGGGAUGAACAUGCUUGGAUCUUUGGCUCUGGGGGACUGAUGUACAGCGUUUAACUGGGGGGAGAGACUCGGUUAAGAAUGGACGAUCCCUGCGUCAGAUCCUUUAGGUCUGUGUUUGUGUGUUUAUGUGUGUGUGUGAGACCUGAGCUUGGGGAACAGGAAAUGGAGAUGGUUUAACUUGUGUGUGGCAGCAGGGGGAGGGGGGGGUUCAGGUUUUUAAUGGUGAGAUGGAGUCCACCUCAAGUUUAUACUUCGCUGCGAAGAAAGUAGGUGAACAGUCAGAACCUUGGUGUGAAGGUUAGAGGUACUGAAUGUGGACUGAGACCAAGUCUGGGAUUUGGGUACUGGGGGGGGGGGUCUCUUAAAUAAUAACUCUGAUGUUCCUUUAUAUAUAUAUAGUUUUUUCAACAAUUCACAUGCAAAGACCAAAACUACCAAUGUGACACUCAUUUCCAAGCCCAUUGGUUCCUACUGAAGGCAUUCGUAUAUAAAAACGGCUCACAGAUAUAUAUAUAUAUAUAUAUAUAUAUAUAUAGUUUCAUAAAGAAAAGGCGAAAAAAACAGCUGGCUACAAGAGGAAAUAGUGCAUAGACUACAGUGUGUCUCUUAAUGGUAAUGAAGGGACAUGUCACCAAUAGCACCAGUAGCCGUGUUUCCAUUCAGUUUUCAAUCGGAUUUUAAGAGAACUUCUGAAAUGCCAUAACACCUGAUAGUGGAAUACAUUGAUUGUUGGUUUUGGGGCUGCAUGUGAGAUUUGGUGACAAUCAGAAAAGUAUAGAAUACCACCAGACCUUUUGAAGUAAAAUUUGGUUAUAAACAAUCCUGUCUUCAUAGCAUUUGCCAUCAUACCUAUUGGUUCUGUGCAUUAUAACUUAAAACAAGGACAAUAACGCACAAUGUGCAGGUGAAAAACACAAAGCAAAUGUCUGUUCCUCCACUGCAGUGUGUAAUCAACAUGGAGACACAUGUCCUCUCUGUGUGUAGAGGGUCAUUUUGAUUAAUGACAAACUUGGGUCGUAUUUUCGUAGUUUUGUCCGUCGUAACUACCACGUAGGUUGUAAGAAAACCGAAUGGUCCUUUAGUCUCUGGCUCCUCUCUCUAGAUGUUGUUAUACUACUUAAUCCUCACAUCUCUAUCCCUAUAUUGUUACAGUUUUUUGAUCUACACUUGAUGUUUUAAAACAGUUCUACAGACCUUCUCAUAAAGGCAGAGUUGUGCUGGUUGGAAUUCACUCCUCUAUCUGCGAUCGGCCCAUCUCACGGAACGCGACGGGUCCGGGGGGAUGAAGUGUGUUGUGAAUAAUGAACCAAAGACAAUUGAGAAUGCAUCACCGCCUCAAAUAACUCGUUUACAUAUGAGCCAUGCCUGUGUGCCGCAAGUGGACUGAUGUACCAGACGAGAUGGAAAUGUCAAGUCUGUGUUAUGCAAUUCAACGAAGUGCAACUGAGAAUCACGCCACUUAGUUUUCUUCCAGACGGCAGGAAGCAACCGAAGAGACGCAACGAGAAGGAACUGUCGGGUUGGGACUUGUGUUGCUGGUUCUACUUCCUGGUGCGACAUGUUAGGACUGGGUUGAAGUUCCAAGGAUAUUAGUAAAAAACGAAUUUAAGACAAGUAUAACUUUUUCUCCCAUACAUGCUUUUUUUUUUUUUUUUUUUUUUUUUUUUUUUUUACGUUUUAACAUUUUGAGUGAGUGGUUGUUACUGCUGUCUAUAGUUCGAAAUGCUAACUUAGGAUGGAAAGAGGUAAAGGAACAGAGCAGGAUCACAUUUAAACGCUCUACCUUUUAAGUUGGUUCAACUGUCUUAUUUAUUAAAGCAAAGUGCAUUUCUUAAACAGUAGUAUGCCUGCAAGCAGCUUUUGAACGUAUCCUUUAGGGGUGUAACAGUUCACCGUAACCAUGGAGGAGCCUACCUCAGCUUUUAGGUCGAUCGACACAAAUUCAAAAACAUGUUGGACUUAUGCUCUCCUUAUAGAGUCUGAAUUCUACUCAUUGAAUCCAAAACCUUUUCCUGUCCAUCAGAUUUCAUUUGUAACAAAAGUUUAAAAAAAAAAAAAUCAAAACCCAAUAUUGAUAUGUCAUAGGUCGUUCACCUACUUUGCAAACCUUAUUUUCAAUUAUAGUCUUGGUCCAAAUACUAGAAGACCUGAACUUAAACUACAAAGACAAAAUAUUCUGCAGCUAGAUUGAAUACAGGCAAAGACAUCAGAGCCCAACUCUACUCGCAACAAUAAUACAGGAUAUGUGAACUGUUACACCGCUGGUAUCUUGUGUGUGUGUGUGCGUGUGCGCGUGCGGUACUGGUGUUAUGCAUGAUAUGUUUACGUCAUAAAACCUCAUAAAAACGUGGAUAGGGAUGAGUAUGUUAGCUGUACUAUAAACAUCUUUGCAAUCAGAUGAAUGGUUUGUACAAAAGCUCAUAAUUGACCAUUCAUCAUAUAUAAACAAAUAGAACCAUUAAUUGAAAUUAACAUUCAUGAAAUCCUAUUGUUUCUAACUAAGUGACCAUGCAGUUUUCUAUUCAUAGGAUAGUUCUGUUUUUUUGAAGUGUGCUUGUAUGAGGUACUUAUCCAUAGUCAGUGUAUUACUACAGGAUAGGGAGUUUAGAGAAACAGACAGGAAUACCAGCACAGGAGAAAAGUAAUGUUCUGCUGUAGAUGUAUUUUGGACACCUAAAAAAAUUCAUUAUCAGUUUAAGUGCAUGUUAUAUUUAGAAUAUUUUCACCGCUCAACCUUGCUGUGGGACAUGCCCUUAUGAAGAGGAACUGAAGCCACCCAUUGUCUAUGCUCUCUUCAAAGCCACAAGACUACAUUAACCGAAACAGUAAUUUUCCCUCUGGACUUGCUGGUCUAACACUGCCUCAGUAAGUUAGUUUUUUUUGUUAGUUUGUGUUAUUGUGUGACUUUGGUGAAUCCGAAUU